AUGCCUGAUGAAAAGAAGGAGGAGGCCAAGAAUAAGGUUCAUCAAGACGCAAUUCAUCAAGAGACGAUAAGAAAGGAGCAGAGACACCAGAUGCUUUACACUAAGUUCACCAUCAACCCACUCAAGAAACUGCAUGUCUUGUCAGACAAACCCACGGUCAGUAAACCAAAAGAGACGAUUGAAAAGAGUUCGGAGUUGAUCGAGGCCUUCCACUUCGCCCGACAAGUUCCCUCCAAGAAGUAUCCAGAGCCGGUGACUGAGAGUCACGAGAUAGGAUGGAGCACAGAACCACUGAUUCCAUCAGACCGCUUUGACAGAAGGUUCAACCACCACCGACAGCGCAGCGACAUCACCAGAGACAUCUGA